AUGUUCAACUCAAUCACGAGUGACACAUUUUAUGGAGAUAGUCCAAAAUUCAGCAAACAAUUUGAGACGCCCAAGCCUCUGGACCGUCGGCUCGCCCUUCAGAAUAGACCUGGCUCACUGUUAGACAAUUCUCGGACCUGGAAGGUGUUUGAGCGGCAGGACGAAGCCCUGCACUUUGCUCAGGACAGAGGCAACGGCCUUCAAACAUUUGUAUUCCACGCUGCAGGUUCUGGCACUCGACAAUUCCUAGUGGCCCAUCCUCGUGAAUUUUGGCUCUACGACCAACUGAAGGAGCCUCAGCAACGGUGUUCUUAUGAAAUUAUCCCCGAAUUUAAGCCGUGCAAAAUUUAUCUUGACCUUGAAUUUGACAGAGAGCUCAACCCAACCAGUAACGGGCCGGAAAUGGUCGAAACUUUCAUCAAAGUGAUUGCUGGAUACAUCAAGCAGCAACUAUCCGUGGUGGUCACUCGUGCGGAAAUUCUUGACCUGGACUCCACAACUGCAAAGAAAUUCAGCAGGCAUUUGAUUUUCCAAAGCCGCCUGUGCAUAUUUCCAAACAACUACAUGGUCGGGGCUCUGGUCAAGGACACAUGUGACAUCAUCCGAAAUUGGGAAGAGCAUUUGAGCGAAAGAUAUGAAGUCUCAAGUGAAGAAGUGCAGAGGCUAUUUGUUAAAAACAGACAUGGAAAGAAGGUCCUAUUUUGUGACGAAGCAGUCUACACGAAGAACAGACAUUUUCGUCUCUACCGUUCUUCGAAACCACACAAAAAUGCACCCCUUGUACCAAGUGAUGAGAAUCAGUUCCGUCCUUUGUCGAAGGACCCAAAAAUGACAGAAGAACUGAUAUUUCUUGCUUCUCUUCUGACCCACGUAGAAACCUACAUAAUAGACACAGCCACUUUGGAAAAAUUUGAAGUGGACCACUUUGCUCGAAUAGAGAUGGAGAUGGAAGGAGUCCGUAGUUGGGUCUACUUUGAAAACAGCAGGUGCAUCGUGUACGACAGCCGAGGACCUGCAUUUUGUGGCAACGUUGGUCGCCGGCAUCAGAGCAACAAGAGCAUGCUUGUAGUGAACAUGCACCAAAUGCAUUACUACAGAAAGUGCCACGACCCUGACUGCAGGGGAUAUCAGUCGGAGCCAAAGCCACUGCCGAACUCUUUGAAAACUGUGCUUGAACAUCCGGAGUGUUCCAAAGAACAACGACAAGAGUUGAGAGACAUUCUAGAAAUGCUGGAGUCCAGUGAUAAUAUAUUUUGUGAUGAAUAA